AUGCCGCUCCGGGAGACGGACCCCGAUUGUCAACGUGAUCUCUUCGAACAGACCAAAGCAGCCCUCAACGCCAAAUACGGGGUUCUGCAAUACGAUCUCCCAUUACCGCUCAUCCUUGUCGAUGAACAAGCAGACCCACCACUACCAUGCCAUGAACCUGCAGAGGAGACCCUCGCCAUCAGCGCCCACGUAUCAGCACGCAUCCAUACCCUUUACUCGCAGAGUGCCGCUGCGUAUAAAGCAGCUGAAGACCCGCCAGCCAGCAUCGCCCUCAGUCUCGAAAUCGAGACACAAAAGUACGACACAGACGACCUAGAAUAUCUGGUAUGCUACCACCACAGACACCACUCGCGCCGGCUACAGCUGCACAACCCGGAGACACUACCAGAUCUACCCUUCAUAGGCAGCCUAUCCAUCAGGUCAGCGUGCGGCUCCGACGCCGAUACCGCAAGAGACAUACGGCCUCUAUCUCCCCUCGUACCACUGCAAUGCCUCGUCCACCUGCCAGCUAUCCAAGAAUGGACUGCCCGCUGGUUAUGGGAGAGACCCAUGCCUUCCGCCCUUUCGAGCAAGGUGAUGCGCGAGCAUUGGACCUGGCCGUGGGAAGGUCCCUUACGAGACGCCCGUCACGAGUUCGGCGCUGCCAUCAUAGACCAGGAGGAGCACCUCUGCGGCAAAAGGAUCCCCACCAGCUUGACAAGAGCCGCACUGCACUUCUACCCUUUCUCCUCACUCCCCAAGCACGACCAGUCGAUAGCCCGGCCCAACCUGAUCCACCCCGCAGACAAAGACCCAGUCUCCAUCGGUCUGCGCAGACUCGGUACACAACUAAGCAAAUUCGACAUUCGUGCCAUGGUCACUCCCGACCUCUUCCCCAUUCCCGACGCACCAACCCCGCAGCAAUGGUCACAAAUGCAGCGCUUCAGACUCGAAUUCCAUUCCCUGCGUCCAGACGGGCGGUGGUACUUCAUCGGCCCCCGAGGCGAGGACCCCCACGACUCUGAACAAGGAGGGUACAAGAUCUCAGACACUGAAAAUUACCCCCGCGAGAUCGACGAGGAGGAAUGCGGGGAUCUUCGUGGUCAGUAUGAUUACGAAGUCACCGAUGGGCCCGAAUACAAUGUAAACAUGUUCCGCGUCCAGCCUUGCAGAGAGCGCAUCGAGCCGCUGCUUGCGGCGUUUGCGAAGUCGCUGACUCGCGACAAUAUGCCGGAUCUUGAGGACGCGGAGAUGUUUACGCACUUAUGGUGGCACCCCUCGGACGAAAGGGAAAUAGAGGAUUAUGGUUUAAGGAUGAAGAAGGGGCAUAGAUGGGGUGUCAAGUUCAUUGCUGGGCGUGGUAGUGAGACGCAGAAGAACGGCGAUGCUGCUGCAGCACCAAGACCACCGGUGGUGCAGUGGCAGGUUGGCGACUGGAGACCCAGCGAGAAGGUCAUGGGUUUGUUUGAAGGACUUGGACAGCAAGAGUGGCUAGAUCUCGAAUGGGGUAGGUAUAGAGAUACGGCGGGGCGCGAUUUGCUGGGUAACAGCCAGUCUACACCUAUAUAG